AUGUCAAUCUUUCCAAAUGCUGGAUUUAAGACAAUCGAGGGUGACCUUCGUCGACAAGACAUUAGAGUACAACAACACAGGCUUCGUAGUUCUAUGUGGAGGGUUGACCCAAAUGGGGGCACCAUUAGACAAAUUCGUCACAUACGACGUCGCAAAUAUCAGGUGAAAUCACCUUUAUCUCUUUGGCACAUCGAUGGACACCACAAGUUGAUACGAUGGAAGUUCGUAAUCCAUGGAGGAGUUGAUGGUUUUAGCCGCCUCAUUGUGUAUCUGAAAUGCAGUACCAAUAACAGGUCUUCCACAGUGCUACAUGCCUUCCAGGAAGCAGUGAAUACAUGGGGACUUCCAUCAGGAGUUCGUGCUGACAAAGGGGUUGAGAAUAGAGAUGUUGCAGAAUGGAUGCUGUGUCAUCCAUUGCGGGGACUUAAUCGUGGCUCAUUCAUAACUGGAAAGAGUGUUCACAACUCCCGCAUUGAGAGGAUGUGGCGGGACGUUUACACAACUGUUGUAUCCACAUUUUAUGGCGUGUUCAUCAACUUCGAGGAUGAAGGCAUUCUGAACUGUGACAGCGAUGUUGAUCUUUUCUGUCUCCACUACAUUUAUGGUUCAAGAAUAUACCUAGCACUGGCACGGUUCACUGAGGCUUGGAACAACCAUAAACUUCGCACAGAAAGGCAUAAGACUCCAAAACAGCUGUUUAUUAAAGGCCUAUCCACUCUUGAUGGAGGAGAUGCAAUUGCAAUCGAAUACUUUGAAUUGCUAAAUGAGGAACAAGCAGCACAUUUUGGAAUAGAUGCAGAGGCCCCAUUGCCAGAUGAAACGGUCACCAGCUGAUGCCGGAGUCAUUGUGGAAAAUGUUCAAGUUACAUUUGGAGCUGAAGAGAUUGCAAGGAUUUAUGAACAGUUUGAUCCCAAUGAUGUUGAAGAUGAAUGGGGAAUGAACACUUAUAGACUUAUGAGGGAACAUAUGAGUUCACUCCUGCCUCCUCAAACAUACUAAAAAUGUAACUACUGCUCAUACAGUUGUUGAGUACACUCAUAAUUGGCUGCAACUCUGUCUAAAUCGGAAAGUUACGCAACCUCUGUAUAACUACUUUGUCAGAUAAUGGCUCUUUGAAACACAAAUACAUAAUUCACUACAAAAGAAACUGCUUUGCCCACAUGUAAGCAUGAUGCAUGGGUUUAAGUGAGAUAUCUUAUCAAUAAAGACCGGGUAAAUGUGUACAGCUAAAAUAUAUGUUGUGUUGCACUCAUGAAUAAAGAAGAUAUUCAAUGUAUUUCAAAUAAUCGAUGCAGUUAAAUCAGGGUGUUU